AUGUUACCUUCCAGCCAGUCUCAGCAAGCCAGCCACGACGAGAAAACUACGUUCAGUCGUCCCUCUAUCACCAACGACGCCCAGAAAACCACGAAGACCAUGGUGAUUCUCUCUGUUUGGAUGUCCUUCGCUGCAUGGAUUGCAAAUUUUGACAAUGGCUACGGCGGCACGGUUUUGAUCAUGCCUUCUUUCAAGAAAGCCUUUGGACAUUGCCACGUAGCGACUGACCCAACUACGGGCGUCAUGAUCGAGGAAUGUUCGUUAAGCGCAUUGCAGCAGUCGCUUAUCGGCGUGGGGUCUCUGUUCAUGGCAGUUGGUGGCGCCUUUGCAGGUGUGACGGGCACAUACAUUGGCCGCAAAGGAACUAUACAAUUUGCUUGUGCGCUUUGCAUCAUCGGCGCGGCCGGUAUGCUUGGAACUGCCGGGAAUUUCCUCAAUUACAUGGUCUGCAAAUGCAUCAGUAGCGUUGGUAUCGGCCAAUUAAUGGCCUCCAGCAUCAUCUACGGCUCGGAAUGUACUGCUGCAAACAAACGUGGCCUUUUGCUCGGGCUUUACAAUGUCGGCUUAGGCCUGGGCAAUGUGACUGCGUAUGCAGUAUGUGCAGGUUCAGCGACGCUCGCACCAAACACUAACUGGCAAUGGAAAACGCCAAUCGUUUGUCAAAUUCCAUUGGCCCUCAUACUUGGUGUAGGUAUGGUUAUGUUUGCAGAAUCUCCUCGCUGGCUUCUGAUAAAAGGCAGAGACGAGGCUGCACGAAAAUCUUUUGGUAUAUUCCACCAGAUGGACCCAUUUUCGAUGCAAAUCACGGCUCAGAUCGAAGAUGUGAAGAGACACAUUGAAUUUGAGAAUGCGUUGAACGUCAACACCUCCUGGACCGAAAUAUACUGCGGUAAUAAUCUUCGCCGAACAACAAUCUCGGCCUUCAUUUUAGUCGGCCUGGCUAUUACCGGAAUCCAAUUCGUUGCACCGUAUGCAGCUCUCUUUCUAAGCGGUGUUGGAAUCCGUAAUUCUUAUCUUAUAAAUGUGAUUAUCGGACUCUGCAUCUUUGGCGGCUCCUGCAUCGGUCCUUUCGUCCUCGAGUACGGCGGAAGAAGGUUUUCCAUGCUGGUUGGCUAUACGUCAAUGGCCCUGUGCAUGCUUAUCUUCUCCUCUGUGAGUACGAGUCUUGGAUCUACUGAUCCAGUUGCACAGAAAGUUGUCGUUGUCUUCCUUUGCUUAUGGGCGUUCAUCUUCGGUGGAUUCAUUGGCCCUAGUGUUUGGCUGGCUUCAGCAGAAAUGCACAGUGUCCGUCUCCGCACCUAUGGCCAAGCGAAUACGACGGUAUUUUACCAGAUUUUCGCUUUCGGUGCGACCUUCUGGACGCCUUACAUGCUGAAUGAGGGGUAUGGUAACAUGGGACCUAAUGUCGGGUACUUCUAUUUUGGUGUCACAUUCAUUGUGGGGUUGCUUGUCUUUCUAUUUGUCCCAGAAACGGCAAGACUCACCCUCGAACAAAUCGAUGACUACUUUGUAUCGGGCCGGAUGGCAUGGAGAACCUCGAUCUCGAAGAACAAAGCAAUUGUUUGUAUCGAGGCCUUCGACUUAUCAGAGGCUGCUAAAAAUGGGGGCCAAAGCUGA